CGGUAAUUUAAAUUAUUCCCCAAGUCUAAAAUGCAGUUUUGUUCUCCAAAUUGGCUGGUGUGAUAUUUAAGGCAAGCUAUGACAUCACAAUGGGAAUCAAAGCGAGUACGCUAAACUGGUUUGAUCAACAGAAACAGCUUUCUUAUAGACCUAAAAAAUCUCAGGGUUCAUUCACCACUGUGCCUCCUAGAUACAAUCAUAGAUGGACAGAUCUACAUUAUGCAGCCAGUCAUGGGAAUCUGAGAAGGAUUCAAGAAAUAAUUCAUAAAGGAGGUACAUUUAACAUUGAUAAGCAAGAUUACUAUGGCAAAACUGCCCUCUAUUGGGCUUGCUACAAAGGCCAUAGUGACUGCGUCGAAGAAUUGCUCAAGUUUGGGGCGAAGAUCAACAUCGUCUGCAGACAUGGUGGGACAGCUUUACAUGCAGUAGCAGGACUCUAUCCUGAAUGUGCUAAAUUACUUAUUCAGCAUGGGGCUGAUGUCAAUCACACAGACAAGUGGGGGGUGACUCCAAUGUAUAUUGCUGCCUGCAAUGGACAGUUCAGGGUCAUAGAAUACUUAAUAGCAGCAGGUGCAAAGCUUACUUAUAAAAACAAUAAAACUGGAGACAUCCCUAAGCCACUGUCUAGCCACAAAGAACUAUGUGAACAGCUACAAUUCAUCUCUCUAAACCCACCUAGCCUUCAACACCUAUGCAGAACUUCAGUUCGACAACACGUGGCAGAGUAUCCUAUGCAAAAACUGUUGGAUUGCCACCUGCCAAAGCCUAUAUCAGACUAUUUGAUACUUUCAGAUUUAUAGCUCAGCUAGAAGCAUAGAUUUGUAUUCUUACAGCUCAGCUAGAAGCAUAGAUUUGUAUUCUUACAUAUAAAAAUCACAAAAUGAAUGCGUUUUUUUAACAGAAUAUAUUGAUCGCCCCUUGUAUAAAAUUGUCAUUUACUGGUUAAGGUAAAAUGGAAAGCCUUGAACUUAAUCUUAGGCACAUGAAAUGACCAAGCAAAUUAGGUGAUUUUAUAAAUGUACAGGGUGUCAAAGAACAAUGGCAUCACUAUCUGCAGCAAAAACAACUUAAUGGUACAUGGUAUGUCAUAUAUCAUCUUAAAGAGAAUUUAUUUUUGAUUUUUUUUGUGAAAUAUUAGCCUUAUAUGCAACAUUAAUGAUAUGUAAACUGUGUGUAAUAUAUCAUUUUAAAGAGAAUUUAUUUUUGAUUUUCCUGUGAAAUAUUAGCCUCAUAUGCAACAA